AUAACCAAGGUUACCAAUUCCACUCAUUCUUCUUCCUCAACAUCUUCUUCUGCAAAACUCAAUCCCUCUGCCGUUGAUCUUUGGCCUGGCGGUUGAAUUCAAAGACUCCUCACUCUGUCUCAACCCAUCGCAAUUCUACACGCUGUUUCGGAGAGUUUUAAGUGUGCGGUGGUCGUGCCACCGUAUCAGUGAGAGUAUGGCAGCUAGAGUUGUCCCCAGUGCAAAUACUAUUCUUGAAGUUCUGAACCUAUACAACUAUGAAGAUUGGAGUACUCGGGUCAAAACCUACUUAAUUGCUGAGGGUCUUUGGGACAUCGUUGUCGAAGCGAAAGUUGAAACCCCCAGGGAAAAUCUUGUCGAAGACACGGCUGAAACUCCCACAACUGAAACUGAAAAAUGGACAAUGAAGAACGCCAAGGCUCUUCAUGCAAUCCAAAACUCUUGUAGGGCUGAUGUUUUCGGUUUUAUCCGUGACAUUGAGACGGCCAAGAAUGCGUGGGAGACUUUAGCAAAACGGUUGAAGCCGAAAAACACAGAUAUCGAGGGCAUGGCAGCCACACUAUUCCCUAGAGUAAUGAUUAAUUUUAAAGCUCUUAACCAAGACAACUUUGAACACUGGAGCUUUUGGGUGAAAACAUACUUGCUAAAUGAAGAUUUGUGGGACGUUGUCAAAGGCACAAGUGAACCUCCAAAACAAAAAAACGGGGAAGGGGAAGAGGAAAGCAUGGCUUGGCGGAAAAAUAAUGCCAGGGCCUUGCAUGUUAUCACCAUAUUUUGCGGGGAGGAUGCUAAGUCCUCUAUUAGUGGCAUUGAGAGGGCGAAAGAUGCCUGGAAUACUUUGGCAGAAAAGUUCGAGCCUCCUGAAAUUUUAGUAACUCCAGAAAAGAACUCUGAAGUUGACUCGAAUGACAACACCGGCCCAAAUGAUGGUAACGCUAACUUGGAAAUAGAACGGGUUGAAGGAUGUAAGAGGAAGACCUAUGACCAGCUCUUCAAUUACGUGCGGCACGGGAAGUGUGAGGCUGUAAAGGAGAAUAUUGAAAAACAUCCAGAGGCAGUAAGAGUUCGAGAUAGGAGCUGGGGCACGAGUAUGACACUUUUUCAAACAGCAGUCUGGUAUAGGCACGUGCCAUGUGUUAAAGCGUUGCUACCGUUUAUGGAAAAUGAAGAUUGGGAAAUAGUAGACCAAGAUGGACAUACUGCUCUCUCUCUAGCUAUACAAAACACGGAUACGGAUGAUGCGCGUGAAAUCGUCCAGUGCAUAGUUCAGAGGAACAAGGAACUACUCCUUCGUGUUGUCGAUCCUUCAGCCAAUACUAUUCCACUCCUGCAUGCUCUAAGUUUGGACAAACCAAAAAUGGCUCGUGAUCUCUUUUCUGUUACUCUACUCGAAAAGCUGAAGUUUAGGGAUCUCGCUGAGCUUGUUUCCACGGGUUUGCGAUUGAAACAUUUAGAUAUUCCGUGGGCCUUACUACUGUGUUAUCCAAUGUUGGCCGUUACUAAAGACCACUCCGGUGAAUCCCCUUUGAAUGAAUUGGCUGGUACGGGUGCUGGAUUAUUCUCGAAUGCUAGCCAGCUCGGAAUAUGGAAACGAUGCAUUUAUAGCUGUACACACAUACCACCUAGACCUACUGAUGUCGUUUCUAUAGAUGUUCAAAACGAAGAGAAAGAUCAAAGCAAUUGGAAGCAUCUCGUUCGCAAAGGAAUCGAGGGUAUCCAUGUCCAGACCAUCGACAUUCUGAAACUCAUGAGUCCGGUGUUAAAGAAAGAUAAUCUUAACUACGUGCAGCAUAAAUUUGUCAAAAAAGCAAUCUUCCAAGCAGUAGAACGAGGACAUGCUCCAUUCAUCGAACAAAUAUUAUGGGAUAACUUGGAUGGUCGAAGCUGGUUCUUUACUAUCACUAAUCAACAUGACAAGACCGUAUUUCAAGUUGCUGCUGAGCAUCGUCAAAACAAAAUAUUUGACUUGAUAUAUUUGUUUAAUGAUAAAGAUCAAAGAAAAGAAAUUGUAGGCAGAAAAGAUAAGUUUGGGAAUAACAUGCUGCAUGUGUUAGGAAAGUUGCCCCCAUUAACAAAGAUUGCUCAUAUUCGAGGUGCAGCUUUGCAAAUGCAGAAAGAACUCCAAUGGUUCAAGGAGGUGGAGCGCAUGGCAAAUCCAAAGGAUCUUAAUUGUAUAAAUUCUGAUGGUCGCACACCCCGUGAGGAAUUUACUAUGAACCACAGAAAUUUGGUGGAGGCAGGAGAAAAGUCAAUGAAAGAAACUGCAAUUUCUUCUUCGGCACUUGUAGCUGCUCUUAUCAUCACUAUUAUGUUCGCUGCAACUGUAACAGUUCCUGGUGGAAUUAAGGGGGAAACAGGUAUUCCCAUAUACUUACACACCAAGGCAUUUAGAAUUUUUAUAGUUGCAGAUGUUAUAUCACUCUGCUCUUCCACAACUUCAGUAAUGAUAUUUUUGGGGAUCCUCACAUCACGUUUUGCUGAAGAAGAUUUUCUCACAUCCUUACCCACGAAAUUGAUAAUUGGCUUUCUUACCCUUUUUCUAUCUGUCGGUGCCAUGAUGGUUGCCUUUUCUUCUGCCAUUUUCAUUAUGCUCCCUGAAAAACCAUCUAUUGUUCUUCCAUCUAUUGUACUCGCUAGUGUUCCAAUUGUCUCAUUCCUAUGCAUGCAAUUUCUGUUCCUUCGUGAGAUCAUUAUUUCUACUUAUGGAUUCAAAGUAAGAAGGAUAUAUAGAUUAAUAAGGUCGUAUAACAAAUUCUAA